CUUCAUUUGGAAGCGGCCGCCGGGAGCAGCGAGAGGUUUGCGUGCAGCUGGUUAGUUCUAUCCGUUCUGGUGAUUGAAUUGACGAGAAAGUGCUGUAACUAGUACCGAUAAAGAGACGGGUCGGACCUGGUUAAUUGAAGUUGCUGUUAACACCGAAUCUGUUUGAGCGGGAGGUGGAGAAACGAAACAAACAAUGGCGGCCGCAGCAACCGCCAUGGAGACAGAGGAACAGGCAAAACUGCGAUUUCAGGUGGAGCUGGAGUUUGUACAGUGUCUGGCGAACCCAAACUACCUGAACUUUUUGGCACAGCGAGGGUACUUCCGAGACCGAACAUUUGUCAAUUACUUCAAGUAUCUGCUGUACUGGAAGGAGCCGGAAUAUGCCAAGUACCUGAAGUAUCCCCAGUGCCUCCACAUGCUGGAGCUGCUGCAGUAUGAGCAUUUCCGCAAGGAGCUGGUCAACGCGCAGUGUGCCAAGUUCAUCGAUGAGCAGCAACUACUGCACUGGCAGCAUUAUUCCCGGAAACGAGUGAGGCUGCAGCAAGCACUAGCUGAGCAACAACAGCAGAACAUCACACCCAGCAAGUGAGAGGAUUGCACCGUGGGGGUGAGAGAACCCUGACAGGAUGUGUGAGGAAGCCUGAUCCUGAAGUGAUAAUAUACAGACAUUUAAUGCAGUGGCAUUGAGGAGGUCCUAGGGAUAUGCAAGGACAAUCCUCCCCUCUGUAUCUCUCUUACAUGGAGCACAGAUUAACAGACAGGAUUGAGCUGUGAGUCUCCUAUUCAGGCCUGGACUGAUUGUUGUAUGUGAAGCAUUAAUGUAGUUGCGUCUUGGACUGAAGAAGCUAAAUUCAUAAAGAUUCAUUCUGGAAAGUUAACUUAGAUGGCACAGAGCAGAUCACAGCUGCAUUGGGAAUGUUAGUUUUUAAUAUGUGAAUAAAUAGUGUAAUGUCACAAGGAUACACAUGUGUGUUAGAGUUGUUUGUGAAAUAAUAAACCCAGUGAUUACUA